AUGCAUUCUCCACCCCGAAAGCUGACGGCAGAAGACCAGGAGGCCUGGCGGAUCCCACCUCCCGUGUCGAACUGGAAGAAUCCCAAGGGUUACACAGUCCCGCUGGACAAGCGUCUAGCUGCGGACGGUCGGGGACUACAGGAUGUUACGAUCAACGACAAGUUCGCCCAGUUCGCCGAGGCCCUGUUUACCGCGGACCGACAUGCCCGCGAGGAGGUACGACUGCGUGCACAGAUGCAGCAGAAGCUGGCAGAGAAGGAGAAGGCUCAGAAGGAGGAGCACCUCCGCACCCUGGCGCAGAAGGCCCGCGAGGAGCGAGCCGCAAGCAGCCGUCGCGAUUCUCGUGCGCGGUCACGCUCGCGCAGUCUUAGCCGCAGUCCGUCCGCUUACUCCUCGCGGUCUGCCACGCCCGUCGAGGACGAGGAAGCGGCCCGGGAGCGCGAGCGCAUACGUCGCGAGCGUCGCCAGGACGCUGAGCGACAGCUGCGCCAGUCUCGCAUGGGCACGGAACGACGAAUCCAGAUGAUGGCCCGCGAGCAGAACCGUGACAUCUCGGAGAAGGUCGCGCUCGGGUUGGCCAAGCCCACGCAGGCAUCCGAGUCCAUGUGGGACUCCCGGCUCUUCAACCAGACAAGUGGCAUGCACGCCGGGUUCAAUGAGGAUAAUCCCUACGACAAGCCGUUGUUUGCCGCGCAGGACGCGAUCAACAGCAUUUACCGGCCACGCGCUCAAUUGGACGUGGACGACGAGGAGGGAGCUGAGGGGGAGAUGAGUAAGAUCCAGAAAACCAAUCGCUUCGAAGUUCUGGGCAAGGCCAAAGAAGGUUUCCGGGGCGCAGCUGAGGCUGAGGCCCGUGACGGCCCCGUUCAAUUUGAGAAAGACACAACAGACCCCUUUGGCAUCGACAGCAUGAUCGCCGACGUGACCGGUGGAGCCGGACAGAAGCGCUACGGGAUCCAAGAAGUCGAGCGUGAGGAUCGGGGAUCGAAGCGCGCAAGAGUCGAUGAUUAA